GGCCUCGAGGACGAGCGCGAGCUCCUGUUCAAGGCGGCGCUCGUCGGCCGCGACCGCGACAACUUCGAGCAGCUGUCGGGCCUCACCGAGGAGGACAAGGACGUCUUGCGCAACGAGAAGCUUCAUCCCUACCGCCAGCCCAAGACGCUCUACUGGACGGUCUUCAUGUGCUCGAUGGCUGCUGUCGUUCAAGGCAUGGACGAGACGGUAAUCAAUGGCGCAAACCUGUUUUACCCGGAGCAGUUUGGCAUCGGCAGCGACUCGACCCGUGACACCCUCCUCCUCGGCCUCACGGCUUCGGCGCCCUACCUCUGCUCGGCCGUCUUCUCCUGCUGGCUCACGUACCCGCUCAACAAGUACUUCGGCCGUCGCGGCGCCAUCUUCAUCUCGACUCUGUGCGCCGGCCUCGGCUGCAUCUGGGGUGCGGUCACCGACACCUGGUGGCACCUCUUCAUCUCGCGGUUGUUUCUCGGCAUCGGCAUCGGGCCAAAGAGCGCGACUGUUCCGGUCUUUGCGAGCGAGAUUGCGCCGGCGAGGAUUCGCGGCUUCCUCGCCAUGCAGUGGCAGACCUGGACGGCUUUCGGCAUCUGCCUCGGCACGGUUUCGUCUCUCAUCUUCCAGAACGUCCCCGACAAGCCCGGCAUCACUGGCCUGAACUGGCGCCUCAUGCUCGGCUCAGCCUGCCUCCCGGCCGUGUUCGUGUGUCUGCAGGUCUACUUCGUCCCCGAGUCGCCGCGCUGGCUCAUCGGCAAGGGCCGACACCGCAAGGCGUUCGAGGCGCUCCUCAAGUUCCGCAGCACGCCGCUGCAGGCCGCCAUCGACCUGUACUACACGAGCAAGUGCAUCGAGGUCGAGGAGGAACUGGCUCGGAACCGCAGCCGCAGCCAGGUCGUCGAGAUGAUCAAGGUUCCUCGCAUUCGCCGAGCCCUCCUCGCGUCGAGCAUCGUCAUGUUUAUGCAACAGUUUUGCGGCAUCAACGCCAUAGCGUAUUGGUCUAGCAACAUAUUCCUUAACGCUGGCCAGUCCCGGACCGUCGCACUCUUGGCGUCCUGCGGGUACGGCCUCAUCAACUGGGUGUUCAGCUUCCCGGCGUUCAUCACGAUCGACGUCGCCGGUCGUCGAGCGCUGCUCCUCUUCACGCUGCCGUUCCUGUCGCUCUUCAUGUUCGUCGCCGGCGCCGGCUUCUACAUUCCGUCAACCACGGGCCAGCUCGCCAUGGUCACGACCGGCAUCUACCUGUUCGCCGCCUUCUACGGGCCCGGCGCAGGGCCGGUUCCAUUCACCUACAGCGCCGAGGUGUACCCGCUCCAAGUCCGCGAGCUCGGCAUGGCCUGGGCGACGGCGCUCACCUGGUUCUUCAACUUCAUCAACGCGCUCGUCUUCCCUCUGCAACUGCGCAAGUGGACGUCGUUCGGCGCGUUCGCCUGGUUCGGCGGGUGGAACGCCAUCCUCUGGGUCCUCGUUCUCUGCUUCUGCCCCGAGACCAAGGGCUUUACCCUCGAGGAGCUCGACGACGUCUUCUCGAUGAGCACGGCGCGCCAAGCCCGGUACGGCCUCGACUCGCCCGCGUACUGGUUCCGAAAGUACGUGCUGCGCCAGAAGGUGCACCGUGUCGCGCUCCAGCACUAUCACCCGAGCGAGGAGAAGGACAAGGCCGAGGUGCAGCACCGCGAGCUGGCCUGA